AUGGGCGGGUCUCCCAGAUUUCCAUGGAGUCCGUUUGUGCACGAGAAUGAAGUUACACACUUUCUUCUGCUCAUAAGUAUAAUUUCCAUAAGCAACUAUGGACGCUAUUCUGAAGAUAUUAUUUUCUUCGGAGGAGGAAGAACGGUACGUUCUGGAUUGUUUAUCGUACUUGAUGAUGGUGAUGGCGUUCAUAACUUUUGUGACUUUACUCUUUGAGCACGUGCCAUACGGCAGAUAUGCAUCCAGCAGGUAUGGAUUCCCUGUAAAUGUCAAGUUCGCCUGGUUCGUUCAAGAAUUGCCGGCUUUUCUGGUGCCUUUGUGUUUGGUACUAUGGAGUCCUUGUGCAAAGCUAAUGCACCUGCCCAACCAAUUGCUUCUUCUCAUGUUCUGUUGCCAUUACGCGCAAAGGUCCCUCAUCUACCCAUUUUUAAUUCGAGGAGGAAAAUCAACACCAUUCAUCUCGUUUGCUCUGGCCUUUGUCUUCUGCAUCUAUAAUGGGUAUCUGCAGGCAAGAUACCUGAGUCACUAUGCAGAUUACCCACCUGAUUGGGUUACACAUCCCUAUUUCAUCACAGGUUCUUGUAUGUGGUUCCUGGGAUGGAUCAUUAACAUUCACUCUGACCAUAUCCUCAGGAACCUUCGCAAGCCUGGAGAGACGGGCUAUAAGAUACCUAGAGGGGGCAUGUUUGAGUAUGUAUCUGGAGCGAACUUCUUUGGUGAGAUUGUGGAAUGGGCUGGAUUUGCUCUGGCCGGUCACUCGGUCCAUAGUGCAGCUUUCGUUAUCUUCACUCUUAGUGUGCUGUCCAGCAGAGGAAUGGCCCACCACAAGUGGUAUCUGACAAAAUUUGAAGACUAUCCAAAAUCAAGGAAAGCUUUAAUACCGUUUGUCCUCUGAUCCCGUGGUAAGCCCAGUGGCCACACUCCCACAGUGUUUCAAAGAAAGUGGUGUUGUAACACACAGAGACUUUGAGCAUUACACAAACUCAAUUUUACAACACACAUUUUUCUUUCAGUUUUAUAGCAUUUUACAUUUAUGAAGUGCAAAAACAGCAUUACUGUGAGAGAUCUCACAAUGUCACACAGAUGAGAUGCAUAUGGCAGACAGCUGCUACCAUAAUGCAGAACUUGCCUAUUAACUCUUAUUACAUAUUCUUUAAUCUUUAACGACACAAAUGGAUCUCUAACUGCUGCAAUAGUAUAAAACUCUCUUGAUAUUUUAAUGACAAUUACAAAAGAAUAAAUAAGCAUAUUUUGUUACCUUUUGUGUUUCAGACAGUGCCACCUUAAAGGGUUAGUUCACCCAAAAAUGAAAAUUAUUUCAUUAAUGACGCACCCUUAUGUCCUCCCAAACCCAUAAGACCUCCGUUCAUCUUCGGAACACAGUUUAAGAUAUUUUAGAUUUAGUCCGAGAGCUUUCUGUCC